UUGUUGCGCUCAGUUGUCACCUUUGCACGUACCUCCUAUUUCUAUUACGUCUGCUUUUUACAGAAAACAGCCCUAGAUGCCAAUCACUAUAAAAGCCCAACUUCUUCUUACCUCUCCUUUGUCAAUUCCUCCCCUCAUCGUCGAAUCAUCCUAUUAGCGAACUAUAUCGUAUACAAUGACUUUCCCCAACGAUGGAGUGUAUGCUAUCAGAAACGUUGGCAGAAACCUCAUGCUCGAUCUGACGAGCGACAGCACCAAAGAGGGCAACCAGAUUCAAGGCUUCGCAAAAAAUGGCACCGUAGCUCAACAGUGGGUGAUCAAGCACCAAAACGAGCCUGGGACCCCCAACAAGACAGUCAGCAUUCAGUCCAAUAACAGCGGCAACAAUGGAAAUGGAUGCUUUGCUACUGCGAAGGAGGAUUCGGACGAACCAGUCGUUUAUACUAGGCAGGCGUUUGUUGUCGAUCUUUCUGGACAAGCGGGCAAUACCUUCACCAUGAGCUUCACACGCGGGAAAAAGAACCUGGUGUUAUCCAUUCCAAGCCCAAAGAAUAGUGCAGUGAAACUUGAGCAUCACGUGAAAGGAAAUGAUUGCCAGCAUUGGGAAUUCAUCCGGGUUUCUGAUCUCCAACCCAUCGCCUAGUUGUCGCCACCAGGUACCAUCUUGCAAAGGUGUCAUUGAAAGCGUUCCCGCAUAUAUCUGCUACGUAUUGCCUUGUCUGCUUCUGUUGUGUAUGAAAAUUGUGAAUCAUUCGAGGAUAUACAGAUCUCGCAAAUCCUGUUUCGAAUAAAAAUCACUGGGGUUGACGAAGACAAACAACAGUUAAUUACUUCGAGGUGGCUUAGCUACUAGUCUGAGUCCACGCUCUUUUUAACUGCCUGACUGGCAGACUCUAGAGACGAUGCUAUCGAAAACGAUAUGAUUGAAUGGAAGACUCAUCAGCCUUUGAAUGGUGCAUGAGAUUAUUAUUCAUCUUCCUCAUUGUCAGAAUAUUAGUAUUCUGCUUUUUUUUCACGACCCAUUG